AUGAGAAAAGUGGCCUCGUUUUUUUUCCUCCUUUGUCUUCUUACCCUCCUGGGCUACUUGAACGAUGUGAAAUUGGCAGGAUGUGUUAGUAGGGCCAUCCGAAGGGGGGCUGGGAAGAACGCAUGGACGGGCCAAUGGAGACAUAGCAUGGAACCCCUGGGGGGGCAGCAUCAAUCGGGACAGUCGCAACAAUCGGGACAGUCGCAACAAUCGGGACAGUCGCAACAAUCGGAACAGUCGCAACAAUCGGAACAGUCGCAACAAUCGGAACAGUCGCAACAAUCGGAACAGUCGCAACAAUCGGAACAGUCGCAACAAUCGGAAGAAUCGUGGGAAUCGCGGAAAUCCCGGGAAACGCCACAAACGAAGCAGCCUGGACUGGCUAAUCGGAGCACCAGCGGGGCAACGAAGCACAUGGCUGAACGAGAGGCACAGAAGAAAGGAGGGUUAUACUCCUUCGUGUCAACGAAGUUCACACCCUUCAUGGGGGAAUCACUAAUCCCCCCGGGGGGUAAUGAAAUCCCCAGCGAAGUGGAAGAGAAGCACAUGUACAACUUUGAAAAAAGUCCAACAGUGAGAUAUAUGCUCAUAGCUCAGGAGCGCCGUGAUAACUUCAUGUACAUUGUUUUUCUCGUGGUAUCUUUUAUAGUGGUCAUUUUAAUCGCAAUUUUUAUUUUUAAAUUUUUUUUCGACCUUUGA